AUGUCAGUUGUUGUUGCAUGUGGGUCAUAUGCUGGUGAAGUCUUUUCUUUCGAAUAUAAUUAUGUAACUGAUGACACUUGCCAGACUUCUAUGCUGAAGCCAAUUUUUAUUGAUACUGAUGCUCAUAAAAAUUCUGUUACCGCGCUUGCCAUCGAGGGUGACUUCGUUGUUUCGGGAUCCGACGAUGAAAUUAUUCAGGUAUUCUCGGUUUCCCGUAAGCUUCGAUGUGGAAGCCUUGAAAUGCACACAGGAACCAUCAGAGCACUUCGCUUUGCAUCUACUGCUGGUCAUUUGAACUCGCCUCACCAUUUGAUAAGUAUUGCAGAUGAUGCAUGCGUGGCAAUUUGGCGUUAUCAUCAAUCUUUUGACAUAAAACUCGAAGAUGCACCUCCUUCGAAAAAACAAAAGUUGUCCAAUAAAAGCAGCGUCUCAGCGAAUGAUUCUCGCUGGGAGUGUAUCCGUCAAAUGCGCAGGCACAAAGCAGCCAUUAUUCAACUGGCUUUGCAUCCCACCAAACGGGCAGCUAUUUCGAUUAGUAAGGAUAAGACACUUCGUAUUUGGAAUUUGGCACGAGGUAGACAAGCCUAUGCUGUUCGUCUUAAGACUCUUCGAGCUGAAGGACUUAUUGAUUUGGAUUUUUCACCUAGUGGGGAAUAUCUUUUGUUUAUUUGGCCCAACAGAUUUAGUAUAAUUAAUAUCUUACCUUCACCCACUAAUUUGAAUGAUCAUACGUCAGAGUUACCUCCUAAAUCAUGCAAAUUUUCGCAUAAGGCUGUUGGAAGUGUAAAUUUACUUCGCCCUAUCACUGCUUCUCCAGUAUUUUUUGCUGAGGAUGAUUCCGCUUGUUUCAUUUAUAUUCUUGUUGGCGUUGGCUCUUUUUUGAAGGCAUAUAGGUUUCCAAACUACAAAGACCCUCUCUCGGCAUCCAAAAUGUCAGAUUCUGUUGAGCUACUAGGUGAAGCAAAAUUGCCUUGCAACCGAAUCAAGUUUCUACGCAUUUUACCCUGGCCUCAUGGGACAUCACUCCUACGUCUGGUAGUUAUUUUAUCCGCCGAUUCGGAUGCAAGUUAUGUGCGUGGUCAUCUCAUUGAUUUAGGCAAAUCGGAUUGGUUUUCUUUUAUGACUCCAGUUUUCAUGUAUGAUCUAAAGAGUGUCCGGGUUACGACUCUUGCUUCUGAAUGGUUUGUUCUCCCAGAAACUCUCUGCCCUAUAAAGCUUCCUUGUGAUGCUUACUGCGCUCAAACGAUGGUGUUAUGUAAGACGACUAAACGGACCGAAAAUGUGCUUGAAAUUAAUAAAAUUGAAUGUGAUUCUGAAGAAAACCCAGAUGAAUGUUCUGAAGUAUCUAGUUACGCUUAA